AAAAAAUCUGAACAAGUUAAGAGUAUAGCUCAAAUAAAUAAAUAGAUAGAUAGAUAAAUAAAUUAAUAGACAUCAAAAAUGAAUUUCUAACUUUCAUCCAGUCAAGCAGCUAAGCACAAAUGGUAAAUACCUGAUUAAUAACAAGAAAUAUCUAAUUCAAUGAAUGAAUUGAGAAAGGGUAUUCGCACAAACGUUACAGAAAAGGUUAUAGGAUACAAUAAGUUUUUUGAUAGUUCCAAGAUGAAUACCGAAGUUUCUAAUUCCUCAUAUGUGAAUUACUAGAAUCAACCUCAAAAAGAGAGCUAGCUUUUGCAAUAGUUCCAUUAAUAGCAAUAACCAUAAGCCCAGUAGUAGUUUUCUCCAGUGAAUAAAAGAUUAUUUGAAAAAAUUAACUACGAUUCUUUAGGUUAGUAAAAUUAACAAUAACAAUCACAACAACAAUCUAGAGAAUUACACAGCUUACAUUAGCAAUAAUAGCAAUACUCUCCUCUCAAGUUAUCACAUAAAUUUUACUCUCCUAGAGCAGUUCCAUCUUUUGAUGGACUUUAGAGGAAUUUAAAGGAUCACUCAGCCAGCAAAGUUUAGCCACAAAGCUAAAAUUUCUUUAAAAACGAAAAAUCUUCUCUAGCCAGUAGUUUAUGGGGAGAUGCUCCUUAAAAUUCUUAAUAAAAGAGCUUCGUUCAAAACGAAAGAGCUUACAAUUCUUAAUCAUCACAAUAGGCCAAUUCUCCUCCUCGCUUUUCUUAAGUCUAAAAAUCAAUAGAAACUCUAGGCCAAAAGCAAUAGUAAUAAUAGUAAUAGAGUAAUGGAUUGAAAGGAAUCUUUGAUUUCUAGUAAAGAAAGUUAUCUGUUUAACCUCAAUCUCCCGCUUAGACUAAAACUGUAGGUUUGCUCUCUGAAAUGGAUUUCUUCAAAAAGAGAGAUAAUUCAAAGUCAGCAGUAUAGUCUUCAAGUAGUGCAAUUCAAAAUAAAUUAUCUACCUCACUUUUUGAGAGCAAGAAGAAAGACACUCUUUCUGAAAGUUUCUCCUUAAAAUCUGGUGCAUUAACUACUAAAAACGCUUAGGUCUCUCCAAGAAAGCUCAGUGCUGGCUCAUUCUCAAAUUUGAAUUCUAUCAAGAGAUCAUCAUUGAAUCCUUCCUAAAAUCUUCUUUCUUAGAUUUCAAAUACUCCUCUAAGAAGAUCUUAAGAGAGAAAUGUAUUUAGCUCCUCUUCAGGAUUAGGCUUUUCUUCUCCUUAAGUAAAAAAAUUAGUUGAUAGAGUUCCCAUUACAAAGGUAACUGAAAUCAGAUCUCAUGUUGAAAACACUCUUCCUUAAGAGUUAGCCUCUUUGCCUUCUACAUAUGUUGAAGAACUUACAAGAUUAGCUGCUUCAAUUACUAAAGCUCUUAAAAGCACAAAGUUUUAUGAAAGAAGCUACUACUGA